AGGAUGAAGCCUGACGAACCCAAGCUGCGUAGUCUAGCAUUGCACCUCGCUAAGGAUGUCAGCACUAUGAAGCUACUGUUAUCAAUGGGAUUCGAUCUUCACGUCUUGGACAGCCGCGGCCAAACGCCGCUGGCCGUGCACUCCGCUAGACGGGACACUGAAGCAAUGAUCUUGCUACUAGAUAACGGCGCCAAACCAAACGUGUGCAACACGAACGACGGAAGGACGCCGCUACAUCACGCAUGUGCCGAGGGUCACAGGGAAGUCGUGGAGGUGCUUCUACAGUAUGGGGCUGGAGUGAACCUGCCUGACAACACCGGUCUCUCACCCCUACAACUCGCUCGUGCUCGCGACCACACAGACUGUAUUCGCCUACUACUGGACCAUGGAGCGGACGCAAAUACACCUAUCCACGCGAAAUGAAUUUCAGUGAUCACUGUAUAUAUAUUUAUAUACUAUAGGCCUACACUAUAUACUGGGAGUACAUAAAGAUAAUGAUGCCGGGAGUACAUUCCUUGUCGUUACUUACAAUAACAUUAUAUAUGACAAUAUAAUAUGUGAAAAAUGUCGUGAAAAUGUGAAAAUGUGCAGAUUAAAUUGGCAAAUAUGCCUGUACACGUUUAUAUGCACCUGUAUAUAUUUUUUAGUAAUAGUAUAGACAAACAGAGACACAACAGGAGGUGAGCUGAUGUUUUUUUAUGAACACCUCACUGAUAUAUAACCAUCAAUAGGGUCGUGUUGAUAUAUAAAAGCUAUGAAUGUAUAAGCUGUAUAUUUCCCGGUGGUUUAAUUUUCGCGAAUUUCGU